AUGUCACUUGUUGUGAAACAUUCUUUACGAUCUACAGUUUCAACUCGAACAUUGACGACUGUUUGCACAAAAAAAAUCAAAAAGCGACCUACUGAGGAUCUUUCAAAACCAGUAGCAGCUGAUAUGAUUGGAACACCUGAUCCUAUUUCUAAUUUACGACCUGUCAAAUAUUAUAUACCACCUGACGAAACAAAAGAAGAACGAGAAUGGAGAGAGUCUUGUCAAAGAGUAGAUGAAUUUAAUCAAAACUUUUGGUAUAAAAACAAUUUAAUGUUUGCAGAAGCAAAGGCCGAAUAUGAAGAACAAUUAAGGAAAAGUGGGCAAGAAGUAACAGCAGAGGCCAUGUCAGUGUUCUACAAGGAUUUCCUAAACAAAGCGUAUGACCGUCAGAUGGAAUAUAACCGCAAUUGGUGGAGACUGAAUAUAGCUCAAUUAUACCCUGGAUUGAAAGCAGCUAUUCGAUCCAUGAGAAAAACAAGGCAGACAGAAAUAGCCAGAGGAACAGGCUUUUGGGAAAAGAGUUUCGAAUCAUAA